CCGUAAUUAUACAUAUUUUCUUAUGUUUUGAACCCCCAAAUAUGUUUAGUUUUUCAUGGAUUCCAAGUUUGUUGCUUUUAUCAUUUCGUCAAGAAACAGAACGCAGCUGCGUUUUUCUCCUUCCGAGAGAUUUUUCCAAGUGCCCACGUGUGGAGGAAAUGGUACAUUUUCCCGUGUCUCUCUACUUGUAUUGUGACACGUGGAGUACCUGCUUGAAUAUCGGGCACCUUGAAAAUUUCCUCCUUCUUUUGGAGCACUGGAUGUGUUCGAUGAAAUGCCCGAGAGAGAUGCACGUUGUGCGUUCACUUGGCGAUAUUUUUUGUGUUGCUUAUUAAAUGGGGGAGCCAUCACUUUUUGAUAAAAUGAUCAGCCAUCUACGUGCAACAUCCAAGUAUUAUACUGGCUAUCCAAAGGAUCUUGGGCCAUCAAGGGUCAUCCAUUUUACAUCAGAACGCGAGUUUGUCCAGCUCCUUCAUGAAGGCCAUCCCGUGGUUGUUGCAUUCACCCUCAGGUGUAAUCUCACAAAACAUCUUGAUGAAGUAUUGGAGGAAGCUGCAGCUGAGUUUUAUCCACAUGUAAAAUUUAUGCGCGUCGAAUGCCCAAAAUAUCCUGGUUUCUGUAUAACACGGCAGAGGAAGGAAUAUCCAUUUAUAGAAAUAUUUCAUAGUCCACAACAAGGAAGGGUUGCUGAUGCAAAUAUUACAAAGUACUCUGUGAAAGUUCUUCCCUUCAAUUACGACACUAGUGCCUACGGAUUUAGAGAGUUUUUCAAGCGGCAUGGGAUACAGUCGUCUAGUCCACAGUGAAAAUCUGGUGGCGAAUGAGUACGAGUUUGCAAGUUAAUUAGUUUUUGUUUAUUCGUUGAUCAAAUUAUACAAACCUUGGUCUAUAUGUAAUGAUUUGAGAUCUUUGAACUAAAGCCGAAGUUUACUGAUU